AUCAUUUAAAUAUAAUGACAAAGUUUUCAAAUUUCACCAACAUGGAAGAAUUUAACAAGGGCCUUUGAAUUUAGCAAAGAAAUGUGAUCAGUAAGCCCAAGUCACCCCUAUUUCGUAAUUUUUCCUAUACAGGAGAAUCGCGUCUUGCUCAUCUGUGCCUGGAGACAUGAUCGUCUGCAUCGCCGUCGUUGGCCACCAGAACAAUCCGCUCUACAUACAGAGUUUUACCGAGGCAGAUGAUGCACUCAAGCUUCAUCACAUUGUUCAUUGCUCUCUAGAUGUCGUUGAUGAAAGAGUGAACAACCCGAAAAAGUCUGGCCCGACACUGAACGAGACAUUUCUUGGUUUGCUAUACCCAACUGAAAACUAUAAAGUGUAUGGGUACUUAACCAAUACCAAGGUGAAGUUCAUAUUGGUAACAACGGAUCUUGAUGUCCGGGAUGCAGAUGUGAGAAAUUUUUUCAGGAGGUUCCAUGCUGCAUAUGUUGAUGCAGUUUCAAAUCCAUUUCAUGUUCCAGGUAAAAAGAUAACUUCCAAAGUUUUCGCUGAAAGAGUCAGUGCAAUUGUCAAGUCCUUUGGACUAAGCUCAGCUGUCUGAGAGUUGAAACCUGUAAUCAUUGUGUUGAGCCUUAAGCUUCUCUGUUGCUUUGCAUUUUGUUGACAUGUAUCUAGAUUCUCAAGAUGACCACAAAUUGUAGAAGCUACCACCUUAUUGUGAGCAUGAUCAUACACGAGGACUGUUUGUAUAUCUGUAUUUUUCUUAUCAAGAUCUUUCAAUAUUCAUAUGAACAAGUGUACACAUGUAGUAUUUUGUAGAUAGUAAAUCCAAAAACAAUAUUUUAUGCUCA